UUCUUUUUCCCAUUUUCUUCUUUCUUCUUUCAGAUCUUUUUAUCUCUCAUUCGUUUUAUAAAAUCUACGAAACAGCUUUAGGGCAGAAUAAAUCGGAGAUAUCAGAUCAAAUACUCUGGGUUAGUUUUUUUGGGGUUUCACAGAAACCCUAGAGCCCGAGAGUUACUUCCUACUCACUCUAUCGAUCGAUCAUGGAAUCAAACGAUGAAGAUAGUGAUAUAUGAAGCUAGAGCGAAACAAAGAAAUCAGAGAGAGAGAGAGAGAGCUUUCUUGGAAUAGAGAAAGAUUUGUAGUUUAAUUGAGGCUCUCAAGUCUCUCAAGAGAGAAACAAAACAAGAAAAUGGCGUCUUCAAGCUCUCCUUGCGCAGCUUGUAAAUUCUUGAGAAGAAAAUGCACUCAAGAAUGCGUAUUCGCUCCAUAUUUCCCACCAGACCAACCUCAAAAAUUCUCAUUCGUUCACAAAGUCUUUGGAGCAAGUAACGUCGCUAAGCUUCUCAACGAGCUCGCAUCUAACCAAAGAGAAGACGCCGUAAACUCUCUAUUCUACGAAGCCGAAGCUCGACUACGCGAUCCUGUUUACGGUUGCGUCGGUUUGAUCUCAAUCCUUCAACACCGUCUUAAACAGCUUCAACACGAUCUUGAAAACGCCAAGAAAGAGCUCGCUACGUACGUUGGUCCUCAAGCUAUGCUCCCUAUUCUCCAACCGCCUCCUCAACCGCAUUUCAUGUCUCUACCGCCGCAACCUCCUCAACGACCAUCUUCUUCUUCGGCGUCUGUGUUGACUCAGCAUCAUCAUAACUUGUUGCCGAUGAUGGCUAUUCCAACUGGACAAUUGUACCAGCAACAGCAGCAGCAGCAGCAACAGAUCUUUGAGGCUCAGCAGUUAGCAGCGGUUGCGAGGGAGCAACAGAAUGAGAUGUUUAGAGCUUAUGGAGGAGGAGGAGGAGGAAGUAGUAGUCCACACCAUCAAAACCAAGCUCAAGUUGAGAUUUUGAGGUUUAAUAAUGGUUUUGACUCUAUACCGACCGGUUCAGUAACUGUUACUGGGUUUAAUCAAUUAAGCUCCGGUGGUACAGCCGUAACCGGAAUGUCUCUUGGAGGUAACUUUGUUGAUGAUAGUCCUUCGACGAAUAAUAAUUACCAUACGGAUCAGCAGUUACAUCAUCAUCAUCAUCAUCAACAUCAACAACAGCAACAUCAUGAGGCUCAACUAUUCAUACCUACACAAUCUUCUCAGCCGCUACCGCUUCAAACGCAGGAGACGCAAACGCAGACGCAACCAAAUUCAGAGAGCGAGGAGGGUAGAAGGAGUGUCAUUGGUUAAUCUCGCUCGCUAAUUGAGGAAAUAAUAAAAAAAGAGGGAUAUUAAAAAAAGAAAGAUACGGCCUUUGACCUUCUCGCUGCUCGAUAAACUCUACAAAAUUUUCCUAAGUUGGAAACUCUGACUUUGCGCAAGGCAUUAUGGACGCAAUCGAGUUUUCCUUUCAAACCUUGUCGCACUUCCAACAGCGAAAAAGACACUCACCACGUAAAAGUCACAAUCGACUCACAAAAAAAAAGUCAGCGUUAUUUGGUUGAUUUUGAGUAUCAUACAGGCAGUUUUUGCUGAAGAGUAUAAAAAGUAUAUAUAAAACCAAAGGCUCGUACGUAUCAGACUGGACAAAAGAUCUCCAACUCCAUAUCCCGUCCGCUUCUUUAGCAUGGACACAAAUACUUACUACUUUACUUUUUUUUCCUUUUUCUUUUUGGUAUCUUCUUCUUAUUAUUUUUUUGACAUUUCUUUCGGUUUAAGGAAAAAAAAUGAGAGAUAGUGUUUUUGGUUGCAAAUCUAUUUGUAAAUUAGAUGUCAAGAGGAUGGUCACUUGGCCUAGUGGUUUAUCAUAUCGAUGUCAACCGAAGGAUUAUAUAAAAACUAUGGAAUAAUCCAUCUUUGUUUUA